CCCAGUCGAUCGACAACUGUUGAACUUUAUUUAUAUUGCCGCGUCGCCGUUUUUGUGUUAGUGCGUUUUCCUUCUUUUAUACAAUUAUGGCUUUUGAAAUGUUAAAAACUGAAAGAGGAAAAAGUAUGCUUUCAUUCAAUGGUUAUAUUUUCGUAAAAGAAAAAGAAAGUGACGUUAAAUCAAUAUGGAAAUGUAACCAAUAUUUUAAAAACAAAUGUCGAGGACGCGUUCAUUUAAGUGAUGGAAAAAUAUUAAAAAGUACUGACCAUAACCACGUUCCGAAUUCAACAGACACUAAUGUUAAAAAAACUCUAAAUUUACUAAAAGAAAUAGCUACCAAUAACGUUGAUGCAAGUUCUCAUUCUGUAGUAGCUACAGCAUUAUCUCAAAUCCCUACAGAAUGUGCGGCUCAGUUACCUAAUAUUCAUAGACUCAAGCGUACUAUACAACGACUACGUAAACAACAACUUCAAUUACCAAAAGAGCCAACCGAUUUCAAUUUUAGUAUACCUGACGAGAUGACAAAAACCACUGACGGUAAUCUUUUUUUUACAAUAUGA